CCACUCUCUAGGACCCCCCUGAGCCUCAUCCAGAAGCACCGGCGAGCGCCCCCCCAUCCCCGGCAGCCAUGGCCGCGCUGGGCACCAGCAGCCAAAUGGUGACAGAGUACGUGGUGCGGGUGCCCAAGAACACCCCCAAGAGGUACAACAUCAUGGCCUUCAAUGCGGCCGACCGGGUCAACUUCAGCACCUGGCACCAGGCGCGCAUGGAGCGAGAUCUCAGCAACAAGCGGAUCUACCAGGACGAGGAGCUGCCCGAGAGCGGCGCCGGCAGCGAGUUCCACCGGCGGCUGCGGGAGGAGGCGCGGCGCAAGAAGUACGGGAUCAUCCUGCGGGAAUUCCGCGCCGAGGACCAGCCCUGGCUGCUGCGCGUCAACGGCAAGGCCGGCAGGAAGUACCGGGGGGUGAGGAAGGGCGGCGUCACCGAGAACGCCUCCUAUUACAUCUUCACCCAAUGCCCCGAUGGUGCCUUCGAGGCCUUCCCAGUGCAGCACUGGUUCAACUUCACCCCCCUGGCCAAACACCGCACCCUCACCGCUGAGGAGGCCGAGGAGGAAUGGGAGAGGCGGAACAAGGUGCUGAACCACUUCAGCAUCAUGCAGCAGCGGCGCCUGCGGGACCAGGAUGAGGAGGACGAGGACAAGGAGAAGGUGGCCAAGAAGAAAGGGGGGGAGCUGCGGAUCCACGACCUGGAGGAGGACCUGGAGCUGAGCUCCGAGGACAGCGAGGGCAGCGAGGGCGAGGGGGAGAAGGCCGCCGAGGCCAAGAAGGCAGCGCCGGGGGGGAAGAGGAAGAAGAAGAAAAAGGGCUCCGAGGAUGAAGCCUUCGAGGACAGCGACGAUGGCGACUUCGAGGGGCAGGAGGUGGAUUACAUGUCUGACGAGUCCAGCAGCUCCGUGGAGGAGGAGGUGGGGAAGGAGAAGGUGACCAAGGAAGAGGAAGGCCCCAAAGGCAUUGAUGAGGCCAGUGAAAGCAGUGAGGACAGCGAGGAGGAGAAGGCGCCCGAGGAGAAGGAGGAGGAAGAGGAGGAGAAACCGGCCCCAACGCCACAGGAGAAGAAGAAGAAGAAGGACAGCAGCGAUGAGUCCCAGACCUCGGAGGAGAGUGACAUCGACAGUGAGACCUCGUCCGCGCUCUUCAUGGCCAAGAAGAAGACCCCACCGAAGCGGGAGCGCCGUGGCUCAGCCACUAGCUCCCGCGGAAACAGCCGCCCCGGGACCCCCACCGAGCCCCCCCCCAGCACCGGCAGCACCCUGCGGGCAGCAGCCUCCAGGCUCGAGCAAGGGCGCCGCAUCCCCCCGGAGCCGCCUGCUGCCAAGAGGCUGAAGCUGGAGCCAGGGCCACAGCCACCAUCGGGAAAUCCACUCCCAGCAGCGGGUCAGGAGGUGCAGCUGACGGAGGAGGCCGUGCGCCGGUACCUGACGCGGAAGCCCAUGACCACCAAGGACCUGCUCAAGAAGUUCCAGACCAAGCGCACGGGGCUGAGCAGCGACGCCACCGUCAACGUCCUGGCGCAGAUCCUGAAGCGCCUCAACCCCGAGCGCAAGGUCAUCGGCGACAAGAUGCACUUCUCCCUCAAGGAGUAGGGACCC